AUGGCGAGGAAUGCUGAGAACCAACUGAGGGAGAUGGAGAAGAAAAAGUACUCGGACAGGACAUCGGCUAAGCAGAACAGACGGAGUAAGAGUAUGAAUCAGCAGCCUAUCCACGUGGACACUCAAAGUGCAGAGUACUGGCAGAAGAGACGCCAGCUGGAAAAAGUGCUCAAGUCUGACGAACUGUUGAAUGCACAGAAUAAUGAGAACAAGAGCCAGAAGAAGAACAAGAACAGUCGCAAGAAAGAGUUGCAAUUAGGGGGAGAAGAGAACAAUACUAAAGGUGCCAAACGAGACCGCUCGAAUAAUAGCAACAACAACAACAAUCCGGAAAAGGCAGCUCGUAAGAAAGAGAGGUUGAAAAACUUGCAUGCCGGAGAUGAUCAAAAGGCAAACGAUACAGGUGCUGCUAAAACAGCAGGAAAGCGUGAAGGUCGAGCAACUAACAGAACCGAGGCUGAUAAAGCCAAGAGUCGUUCGAGGUCAAACAAGUCUGAGUAUGGCGCCAAAAAGGAGAAGGACACUCUCGCUGCCAAUACCAAAACCGAGGCUGAACUUCUUGAAGAGUUACGUCAAGAUGACGAAAAACCAAUGCGACCUCAAGAUCGUGCUCGCGGCGAGUUGGUAUCCCAGCAUGUUCCGCACUACGCGUUGCCGACUCGCAAAAUGGAGCUCCGUAGCGAUGGAAGACUCAGUAAAUUGUAUGUUCCAAAGAAACCUCAAUAUAGUUCGUCAGAAUGGCCCGAAGACCUUGACCGAAACUACUGCAAGCUUGUCGUCGAUACUUUUAAAGACAUGUACUCAGAGUUAAUCAGUGAUCCGAAUUGGGUUUACAAUCAGCGUAAAAACUACUUAAACUUCCUCAAUACAGCAGAAUGGCAGGAAAUGGACCUCAAGUUGGCAAAAAUGAGUUUCAACCAAUUGCUACAAGAGGAGCCCUUACAGAAGAUAUCCACGUUCUAGGA